AUGAAUACUGCUAGACUGCUCGAUGUUGCAAUUUCUGGGAAUUUUGAAAGUCUCAAUAGAGAAAUUAGGGAUGGGGUUUUAAUAAGUCUUGAGCACAAGACACCGAGUCGCAAUUGUAUUCUUCACGUGGCAGCAAAAUCUGGACAGGCUCAGAUUAUGGAAAGGGUCCUCGAUUCGCUUUAUCCACAUUCACCUUUGUAUGCGACAAAUUGCAAAGGCAACACAGCACUACAUAUUGCAGCAAGCUUAGGGCAUCUUGGUAUCUCAGAGCUUCUAAUAACUUGUGCAACAGACCAAGAAGCUGAAGUGAAACAGUUGCUACUAAAAGCGCAAAAUGAGGAGUUGAACACUGCACUGCAUCUUGCUGUAAAACAUGGUCAUGAUGACAUUGUGGAUUUGCUAAUUAGGAAAGAGCCAGAUUUUGUGCGCAAGAUGUUGGACAAAUUUCCGAACGCAAUUAUGAAAGCUGAUGUCUUUGGCUGGACUCCUCCGCAUUAUGCUGCAUAUUUUGGCAAUUUCGAAGUUGUCAGACUAUUUUCGGAAAAUAAUAAUAUUUCCCUUGCUUACGAGCGGGACAUUCAGGGCAUGUCUGCUCUUCACAAUUCAGCCAUGGAAGGACAUUGUGAUGUGAUGAGCGCAAUCAUUGAAAAAUUUCCAUAUACUUGUGAAUUGUUAGAUAACAGAGGUAGGACAGCUCUUCAUCUUGCGGCGGAGAGUGGAAGGACAAAAGCUGUGAAAAUAUUGCUCUCAUCUUUAGCUUUUCAGGAUCUCAUAAAUGAGCAAGAAAACGACGAAGGAAACACGGCUAUGCAUCUUGAUGCCAUCAAAAGGAGAUAA